AUGACAACCCGUGGUACUACUAGCCGGCCCCAUGAUCCUGAGCUCGCCGACGAGGAGUACCAGGCCCCAUUUAGUAACCAUAUUCCUGAAGUGAGAGGGCAGAGCGAGGACAGCCAUCAUGCCUCCUCCUUCGUGGAUGCCGGAUCGGUGCGUUCGACUUCAUUAUUUGGUGAGCAAGAGUUGCAAGAAGCAGAGCAAUGGGCAUCCCAAUCCAUGAAGAGUCGUACGGAUAUGAUAGGAAGAUCGGUAAAGAAGCGUCGCGAUAGCCAAGUGGGAAGUUAUGAAGAUCCAAACACGAUAUUCGAUGGCCCUUCAGCGGAAUUUGUGCCCAGCUCCGUCACAAGUAUGCACCACAAUAUGGCUCGACCCAGUCUGCACCCACAUUCUCGCAGGCGCAGUCAGCGUUUUCAUUCGCGCAUCUCGCGGAGUGGGCGUGCUUCCAGCUCGAUACAAUCACACAGCCGUGAAUCACGGGAUCAUUCGCCGUCCAGUGUCCACACUCUCGACUCACAUGGCAACAGUUCUAUUAGUUACCGAAAACGUGCAUAUCCACGACGUGCAUAUCGUGUGAGUGAGGAUGGGGCAAGCUCGUCUGUGCCUGGAUCCUCCAGUUUAAUUGGCUCACUCUUCGCAACAUUCCGUGUUGACCAGGCGGAGGCAGAAGCAGAUGCAAACGCGGACAAUGGAAGAUGGCUUGAUCAAGAAUCGGAUAUGGUUGAUGAAGAAGCAUUAGAUUUGGACGACUAUGACGAUGAAAAUGAAGCGCUGAUUAGUGACGCGAGCGACCGAUCAAGCGCGGAUAGUCAGCCGCACGGUUCGCCACAAAAUCGCUUCAUACCCAAUGUAUUUGGUGUGCCAGAGCCCUUUGUAGACUAUCGGGCAGAAGGCCUUGAAGAUGGCCGUCAAGAUGUGCCGUUUGAUGAUCCGACCAUGCCUCCAAAACCCGUUCAUUUGAUGGACUAUCCGGAGGCAGUAAACGAGGCAAGAGACGGGCAUGUGCACACGGAUGCUGUUGGUAAUACGCAUGCUGAAGGCUAUACUGAGAGCCCGUGGCUUGAUAAGACUUGCCGUACGAAGCAGCAGAUCUAUUUGGCUGAUGAGGACACAUUGAUUCGUAUUUCCGGCUACCGCACAAGACGGGGUCAUUACAUCAUGUACAUGGCGGCAUGCAUUUUUUCUCUUGGCAUUAUUGGAUUGUUGUCCCUGUGGUUUCCGCGUUGGCGUCUGCGUUAUGUGUACCAAGAAGCCGAUUUUGCUGAUGCUGAGUUUGUGGUGGUCGAGAAUCAAUGGGGCGAUAUCAGCAAAGAGGCGUUUAUGUCUGUACCAUUUGCGCGUCCGCUCAAGUCAGUUUUCCCACCCACGUCUCGAGAUCCACCGUGCACGUAUGCUGAAGCACAAAGUAUGCUGCAUGACGAUGUGCCUGACGAGAGCAGCUGCGGCCAUGACGGCGAGGAAAUUGUGGACUUACUCAUGUUUGAGUAUCGUUACACUCGGUUUUUGCUACACCCGCCCACAGGCCGCUUCCGCACAAUUCGCGAGUGGCGCGAUAGCAAGUGGACAUCGACGGACCUGAUGCGUCAAGGGAUCAGUACCGAAUUAGAGCGUGAACGACGAGUAUUUUUCGGCCUGAACGUAAUUGACAUUGCAGAAAAGUCGUCGCUGGAUCUGCUGAUCAGUGAAGUGCUGCAUCCAUUCUACAUCUUCCAGAUCGUGUCCAUUCUUCUGUGGAGUCUGGACGAUUACUACUACUAUGCAUUUUGCAUCGCGACUAUUUCGAUCGGCAGUAUCGUAUCGACACUUUUCGAGACGAAGAAAACGAUUGCGCGCAUGCGAGAAAUGAACCGCUUUGUCUGCAGUGUGCGUGUCUUGCGCGAUAGCCAAUGGCGGUACCUGGACAGCAGCGAUCUGAUGCCCGGCGAUGUAUUUGACGCGGCUGAACAAAGUUUGACCACUGUCCCUGCCGACUGUAUCUUGCUGAGCGGCGAUGCCAUUGUGAAUGAGAGUAUGCUUACGGGAGAAAGUGUGCCGAUCAGUAAGCAGCCUUUAACGGAGCAGCAAGUACCAUCGAUUCAAUCGACUCGCACAGAUCUCGCCAAUCAUUUGGCGAAGCACUUUUUGUUCUCAGGCACCAAGAUUAUUCGCACGCGCCCAGCCAUCGGGAGCUUAGAUCCAGAAGACAUUUCCGCCAAGGCCAUGGUCGUUCGGACUGGCUUUCAUACCACAAAAGGCUCGCUCGUGAGAGGUAUGCUUUUCCCCAAACCCAUGGGGUUCAAGUUUUAUCGUGACUCAUUUCGAUUUAUCGGGUUUCUUGCGGCGAUUGCCUUCGUGGGUCUCUGCUUCAAUACCGCCAAUUUUAUCCAGAUUGGCAUUUCCUGGCGCACCCUUGCCAUUCGCGUGCUCGACCUGGUGACAGUUGUCGUACCUCCAGCGUUGCCUGCCACGAUGAGCAUAGGCACAGCCUUUGCCAUAGCGCGAUUGCGCAAGUUGGGGGUAUUCUGUAUCUCGCCAACACGAGUGAAUAUGGGUGGAAAGGUGAACGUCGUUUGCUUCGACAAGACAGGCACAUUGACAGAGGACGGGCUGGACGUGCUGGGAACGCGCACCGUGGAUGUCCAUAUGGGCCAGUUUAGCGAGCUUCAUCAAACGUCCAACGAACUUCACACAGCUUCGUCUGACCCCUCAGGGCGCCUGUCGCUUUUAUAUGCGUUGGCGACAUGUCACAGCCUAAAAAUUGUGCAUGGGGAGGUGAUUGGCGAUCCGCUCGACGUCAAGAUGUUUGAGUAUACCGACUGGACCAUCGAUGAAGGCGAGGAAACAGAUCUUCGAACUCUUGCUCUUGGCCAGGAUCGCUCGCCAUCCCUGGUGCAAACGGUGGUGCGACCGCGUGACAGCCCACCAUUUGACGCCAACGACACAAUCGGGCAUGCGAAUCAGAAUGUAUUAGAGCUCGGUGUGAUUCGGACGUUUGAAUUUGUGUCAGCCCUGCGGCGAAUGAGUGUGAUUGUCAAGCAGCUGCAUUCAUCGUCUAUGGAGGUCUUUGUGAAGGGCGCUCCGGAAGCACUGAUCGACAUUUGCGACCGCGCGACGCUGCCCCAAGAUUUCGAUGAUCUGCUUGCUUAUUACACCCAUCACGGCUUCCGGGUCAUUGCUUGCGCUGGCAAGUCACUGCCCGGUCUGAGCUGGGUUGAGGCGCAACGCUUGCCACGCGAAAAGGCUGAAAGUGGACUCUCGUUCCUGGGUCUCAUUGUGUUUGAAAACAAGCUGAAGCCGGGCUCCCUACCAGCUGUCGCGACGCUGCGUAAUGCCAACAUCGGCUGCAAAAUGGUCACGGGUGAUAAUCCACGCACGGCUGUCAGUGUCGCUCGCGAGUGUGGUAUACUCGGACAGUCGUCGACUGUGUUUCUUCCAUCUUUUGCCCACGGUUCUCCUGAUGAACCGAACGAUGUGAUCCUGUCGUGGUGCAGCACAGAUGAUGAGUCUAUGAAGCUCAAUCCAGACACAUUGAAGCCUAUUAAUCCUGACCCGAUGCAUAUUGAUUUGGGCGAACACAAUAUUUUGGAGUAUGAGCUAGUCAUCACAGGUGACGUAUUCCGCUGGAUGAUUGACUACGCUCCCAUCGAGAUUGUCCGGCGCAUGCUGAUCAAAGGCACAAUUUUCGCCCGCAUGUCGCCGGAUGAAAAGCACGAUCUGGUCGACAGGCUGCAGGAGCUGGGCUACACGGUCGGCAUGUGUGGUGACGGUGCAAAUGACUGUGGUGCACUCAAAGCCGCGGACAUUGGCAUUUCGCUCUCAGAGGCCGAAGCCAGCGUGGCUGCACCAUUCACAUCGACACGCCCUGACAUUUCAUGCGUGAUUGAGGUCAUCAAAGAGGGCCGCGCAUCACUGGUCACAAGCUUUAGUUGUUUCAAGUACAUGGCAUUGUACAGCUUGAUUCAAUUCACGAGUAUCACGAUCUUGUACAAUCUCGCAAGUUCCCUUGGUGACUUUCAGUUCUUGUUCAUUGACCUCUUUAUUAUCUUGCCUGUCGCCGUGGCCAUGGCUCGGACGUGGCCGUAUCCAACCUUGCACACCAAGCGCCCUACCGCCAACCUCUUGUCGAAAAAGGUGCUCCUGUCCAUGUUGGCACAGGUUAUUCUAUGCUCGGGCUUCCAGGUGUUUGUUUUUUGUCUGACGCGACGACAGCCAUGGUACCGGCCCCCCCAAGUCAAUCCUGACGAGCUGAACGUCGUCAAUGCUGAAAACUCAGCUCUCUUUUUGGUGUCUUCAUUCCAGUACAUUACCGUCGCAGCGGUAUUCAGCGUCGGUCCCCCUUUCCGUCAACCCAUCUACACCAACCCCAUGCUACUCACGUCUCUCACCGUACUCACAUGCAUGUCGAUGUACUUCUUGUUUAUGCGCGGAGGCUUCUUCUUCGAGUUGCUUGGUCUCGUGGAGUUCCCACCCUCUUUCCACUGGAAGCUGUUCGCGAUUGUGGUGGCCAACACUGCUGCCUGCUUUGUGUUCGAGUCGCACCUUAUGGGACCGACACUCAACGUGAUCAAGUUUGUGCAACGCAUGCUAUUCCACCGCGGUCGUAAGCACGAUAAGACUCGCAAACACGGCCAAAAAACAUACAAGGCCGUCCUCAUGUCCCUGAAUGAUCCAUCGGAAGCGUAG